CAGUAACCCUGGGCAUGAUUAAACUGUCCUGAGCCACCCUUCCACUGAUCCGUAGCAGCAUGAAUCCAAAACCUCAGAACAACAGCAAAGAUACGUAUGAAAAGAAACAUGAAAGUAAACAUACAACUUCGAUCCAGAUCUCUUGCAUUUCCACUAUAAACAAAACAUGGAGUUUCCACCACUGCAAUCUCAAAACCCCUCUUCUGCACUCCUCCCUCCCCCCCUCAAUCCCAACAUGGGAUGGUUGCCUCCAAACUUAUGUGCAAUUCUCUUCCUCGUCUUUACUUCUUUCUUCUUCUUCUUCUUCAUCAAUUGCCUGGCCAUUGAUGAGCAAGGCCAAGCUCUGCUCUCGUGGAAGCUGACUCUGAGCAGCUCCAGUGAUGUACUCAGCUCUUGGAAUUCUUCGGACCCUAAUCCAUGCAAGUGGUUUGGUGUUGCCUGCAAUUCCAGGCUUGAAGUCAUCAGCUUAAAGAUCGAGUUAGUCGAUCUGAAAGGCCCAUUGCCUUCCAAUCUCCAAUCUCUCAAGUCCUUGAAGAUGAUAAUCCUCUCCGAAGCCAACUUCACCGGCCAUAUUCCAGUAGAGUUCGGGGAGUACCGUGAGCUCACCUUCCUUGACCUCAGCAAGAACCAAAUCGCCGGUGAGAUCCCGGCGGAAAUUUGCAAGCUGACUAAGCUUCAGACCUUGGCUCUGCAUUCCAACUUCCUACAAGGUGCCAUUCCGGCCGAUAUUGGAAACCUCCCCAGCCUCACUCACUUGACGCUCUACGACAACUACAUCAGCGGCGAGGUGCCAGCGAGCGUCGGUAAAUUGGAGAGGCUGGAGGUUUUCCGUGCUGGCGGGAACCAGAAUCUGAGAGGCUCGUUGCCUGCGGAGAUUGGCAACUGCAGAAGCUUAGUGAUGUUGGGCCUCGCGGAGACCGGUUUAUCCGGGAGGCUUCCUUCCACCAUUGGAUUGCUCAAGAGGAUUCAAACCAUUGCUAUCUAUACUUCUCAGCUGUCAGGGCCAAUCCCAGGAGAGAUUGGCAACUGCACCGAGCUGACCAAACUUUAUUUGUACCAGAAUUCCCUGUCCGGCCCGAUUCCGCCGGAGAUCGGCCGGCUUCGGAACCUGCAGACUCUGCUCCUGUGGCAGAACAACUUGGUGGGGGCAAUCCCGCCAGAGCUCGGCCAGUGCGAGCAACUGGUCCUCUUGGAUUUGUCCUUGAAUUCCCUUACCGGAAGUAUUCCACGGAGCGUCGGUAACUUGAGGAACCUCCAACAGCUCCAAUUAAGUACCAAUCAGCUGGCCGGAGCUAUCCCGUCGGAGAUGUCCAACUGCACCGCGCUGACCGAUAUCGAGGUGGACAACAACGAUCUUUCCGGCGAGAUAGGAAUUGAUUUUACCAGACUGGUGAAUCUUACUCUGUUCUACGCUUGGCAGAACAAGCUCACGGGAAGCAUUCCAGCGAGCUUAGCUCAGUGCCGGAAUUUGCAAUCGAUGGAUCUUUCAUACAAUAACUUGACGGGGUCGAUUCCAAAAGAACUGUUUGGGCUGCAGAAUUUGACCAAAUUGCUUCUCUUGUCGAAUGAAUUGACCGGGUUUGUGCAGCCGGAGAUCGGCAAUUGCACGAAUCUUUUUCGGCUUCGGCUGAAUGACAACCUCCUAGGAGGAGCCAUUCCGGCGGAAAUCAGCAAGCUCGAGAACCUUAAUUUCCUCGACAUGAGCAGAAACCGGCUCGUCGGCCCUAUUCCAGCGGCAAUCUCGGGGUGCCAUAACCUUGAAUUCCUCGACCUUCGUUCCAAUGCCCUGAGCGGCGCCCUGCCGGAGUCACUGCCGAGGAGCCUGCAGUUCGUUGACUUCUCCGACAACAAGCUAACCGGAGUAAUAAGCCCUAGCAUUGGAUCGCUGCCUAAGCUGACGAAGCUCAUGCUGGGGAGAAAUCAUCUCUCCGGCGCGAUCCCUGGACAGCUUGGGUCAUGCAACAAGUUGCAACUUUUAGAUCUCAGCGACAAUUUCUUAUCCGGUGAGAUGCCAGGCGAGCUCGGCCAACUUCCCGCGCUGGAGAUCUCGCUCAAUCUCAGCUGCAACCGUCUCUCCGGCGAGAUCCCGCAGCAAUUUUCAUCCCUCAGGAAACUCGGGUGCCUUGACAUCUCGCACAACGAGCUCCACGGAGAUCUCGGGGUCCUCGCUGGGUUACAAAAUCUUAUCUCCCUGAACGUCUCCUUCAACGCCUUCUCCGGCAAGUUGCCCGACACCCCCUUUUUCAGGAACCUCCCGCUCGCCGACCUCGAGGGCAACCAUGGCCUGCUCAUCGCCGACGGCCGGCUCUCUGCUCAAGAAACGUCGAACAGAGCAGCAGUAUCCACGCUAAAGCUCGCCAUGACGUUCUUGAUCGUCGUCAGCGCGGCGCUCCUCCUAACAGCCGCUUACGUCCUCGCGCGCGCAGGCGCCGCGCCUCGCGACGACGCAGACGACGCCUGGGAAAUCACGCUAUACCAGAAGCUGGAUCUCUCGGCCGACGACCUACUCCGGGGGCUCACAUCAGCGAACGUGGUCGGCACCGGGAGUUCCGGGGUAGUUUACAAGGUCUGCAUCCCGAGCGGCGAGACGCUGGCCGUCAAGAAGAUGUGGUCACCGGCGGACGACGACUCCGGCGCGUUCCGCAGCGAAAUCGCGGCGCUGAGCACGAUACGCCACCGCAACAUCGUGCGCCUCCUCGGCUGGGGCCUCAAUCGGAGCGCCAAGCUAAUGUUCUACAACUACUUACCCAACGGGAGCCUGAGCAGUUUCCUCCAUCGGGGGAGGAAAGAGGCUGCGGCGUGGGAAACGCGGUACGAGAUCGCGGCAGGGCUGGCCCACGCCGUCGCUUACCUGCACCACGACUGCUUGCCAGCCAUCCUCCACGGGGACGUCAAGGCCAUGAACGUCCUCCUCGGCCCGAACUUUGAACCGUAUUUGGCGGACUUCGGCCUGGCUCGGGUCCUAGCCGACGGCGAGCCGGCUCAUAAUUCGGACACCGCGACAUGUCCUCGUAUCGCCGGUUCAUACGGCUACAUGGCUCCAGAGCACGCGUCGAUGCAGCGGAUAACGGAGAAGAGCGACGUGUAUAGCUACGGAGUGGUUCUGCUGGAGGUGCUAACGGGGAGGCAUCCACUAGACCCGUCGCUGCCCGGCGGGCUGGAUUUGGUUCAGUGGGUGCGAGUCCAUCUACAGAGGAAGCUGGACCCGGUUCAGCUCCUCGACGGCAGGCUGCUAGGCCGGCCGGAGCACCAGGUCCAAGAAAUGCUGCAAGCCCUGUCUAUCUCGGUUCUGUGCGUCAGCAACCGGCCGGAUGAGCGGCCGGCGAUGAAGGACGUGGUGUCGUUGUUGGAGGAGGUGAGGCGGCCGGCGAACGACGAGAAGAAGAAGGAGCCGGUGGUUGCUUGCGCUGCUGGGGAUGUGGAGUUACCGGGGUAUUCAAAUUGCUCGUCGGAUUACAGUAGCUGAAGAAAUUAAGCAUGUGGCGGUAGCUGCUUAAUCUUGGGAAGCAAUUUUGUGAUAGAUGAAAGUUUAAUUUGUUUCCCUUGUAAAUCAUCGCAAUUGCAGUUGCCUUUGUGAGUAGAAUUUAAGGGAAUUCGAUUCAGCUCGUAGAACCACCGCUAAAAUGACCAUUUUUCAAAGUAUAUACAUAUUUAAAAUGCAUUUCAACGGCCUCGAA